AUGGCUGACAUCGUUGGUGGUGCUUUGAUGGAGAACAUAACAAGGCUUCUCCAACAAGAUGAAGAAUACUUGCUUCACAGUGUGGAACUUGAAGUGAAAGCGCUUCAACAAGAGCUCGUUGCUAUAAAUUCAUUCCUUAAGAAAUCCGAAUCCAAACGAAUUGAGAAUGACGAAGUUCAAGAGGUAGCGGACCGAAUCAGAGACGUCGCUGGAGAAGCCGAGGAUGUGGUAGACACAUACAUGGCUGAAAUCAUAGAGCUAAGGGGAAGGCGUCUACUACUCAGAAAGUUAUACCACUCCUUAUUCAGCCGUGGAAAAAAGCUUAGAGCUGCUGCAAAGAAGAUCAAAAGCGUCAGAAACACAAUCCAUCUGAUUUAUAGCAAGAAAGAUAGAUAUGGUAUCCUCCAAGAUGGCGAUAUUGAAUCCAGUUCCACUGCUGUUAGGGCUCCAACCGUGAAAGAGGCAGCUAAGGAAAAGAAAAAGCAGAAAAAGCCAGAGCAUGCUGGCAGUGCUCCAACCAUGAAAGAGGCAGCUAAGGAAAAGAAAAAGCAGAAAAAGCCAGAGCAUGAUGGCAGUGCUCCAACCAUGAAAGAGGCAGCUAAGGAAGAGUAUACGGGGGAAAUUGUUGAAAUAGAUAUUGCCAAGAGCUCCGACCAUGGCAAAGCGUCAUCGUCAGAGCAUAAGGGAAGUUCUUCGCAACAAGAAGAUAGCCACAGCCAUAGCCAAAGAUGGCCUAGAUCUGAGUUCGACUAUGUAGUGGGAUUCGAAAUUGAGACCACGACAUUGAUAAGCCAUCUUGUUAAAGGAGAUCCUACACUUGAUGUCAUUUCCAUCACCGGCAUGGGUGGCUUAGGAAAGACUACUCUUGCCUCCAAGAUCUACGAAGACAGGCGUGUUAGGGAUCACUUUGAUUGCCAAGCUUGGGUUUUUGUAUCUCAAGAAUACAAAACCAAAGACUACCUGUUUGUUAUAUUGAGGUGUUUGAUAUCAUCAUCAAUACCGGAGGAAAUGUUCACAGUUUCCGAGAAAGAGUUGAAAUUGACACUGCGUGCAUUCCUACGAGAAAAGAGGUAUCUCAUUGUCUUUGAUGACUUACGGACAACUCGUGUUUGGGACGAGAUAAGAGAUGCUUUUCCCAAUUCUUUCAAUGGAAGUAGAUUACUCAUCACCAGUGACAAACAAGUUGCUUUAUUGGCAAGACAAACUUCUCCUUAUUCCUUAAAAUCUCUUGAUGAUGAAACAAGCUGGCAACUUUUUUGUAAGAAAGUGUCUCCAAUAAUUAAGUCUAAUCCAGAUUUAGAACCUCCUGGAAAACAACUUGUGCAGAGUUGCAUGGGAGCUCCACUUGCUAUUCUUGUAUUGGGAGGUCUUCUAGUACAUAAAGAGGUAAAAUACGAAACAUGGUCCAAAUUGAUUGACCAUGUCAGUUUCAAUUAUUCUCAAAAUACUCGAUCCUUGGACAUCUUGAGACUAAGCUACACCCACCUGCCGAGGAAUUUGAAACCGUGCUUUUUAUAUCUUGGUGUGUUCCCAAUGGAUUCUGAGAUUUCUGUAAGAUAUUUAAUCAAACUGUGGUUAGCCGAGGGAGCCAUUCAACAAACUGAGACUAAAACUGUGGAGGAUGUUGCAGAUGACUACUUGGAGGAACUUCGUACUCGAAGUUUGAUCCAAGUCACGAAAAGGAGAACCGAUGGAGGUGCCAAGGCAUGCCGCAUCCAUCAUCUCUUAAGAGAGAUCUCCAUAUCUGAAGGUUUGAAGGAGAAGUUUUUUGAAGUCCAUUCAGGAUAUAAUCCUGCAUCAAUAAGAAAAGCCAGAAGAGUUUCCCGAGUGACAAACAGGAGGACAGGUGGUGCUGUACAAGUGAUGGCAAGUCGUAUCGACGAUCUCCUAAUUAGAGAACUCUCCAUAGUUGAUACUGUAAAGGCGAGGUUUCUUGAGGCCCGUUCGGAAACUAAUUAUGCAUCUACAAGCAAAACAAGAAGACUUUCCAUCCAAGGUAAUAUUUCAGAAUACAUUUCCUCAUAUCCUGAUGUUCCAUCUCGUGCGCAUUCUUUGUUUAUAUUUGGUGAAGGGGAUGAUUUUGACAUAAAACACUGGAGAUGGAUAUUCAAAAACUUCAAGUUCCUUCGGGUGCUGUGCCUUGAGAAAUUGUUUCUCAACUCAAUUCCCAAGCAUAUAGAGAAGUUGACUUUUCUGAGGUACUUGAGGAUAAGGAGUGAAAAGUUGAUAGAAAUUGCUGCAAUUCCAGCUUCCAUAUGCAAUCUUCAGUACCUAGAAGAAAUCAACGUAGACGGUCACGUAGAGGAAUGCUUGCCAAAGGAGAUAUGGAAAAUGAUGCAGUUGAGAAAUCUGAGAUUUUCUGGUGGAAUGAGUAUCCUUGCCACUCCAACAUCAAUGGAUAACAUUUCAACUAAACUCCAAGUCCUUUCUUAUGUACUUGUUGAUGAGAACACAAAGUUUCUUAUGUCUUAUCUCAGAUUUCCAUAUCUAAGGAAACUGCAUUUGAAGUAUGAUCAUGGGCUAACAAAGAUGAACGAAUUUGAGGUGGCAGAUGUAUUGGAAAGCCUUUUUCCAAAAGAAAACGAAGAGGAAUUGGGAAGCCUCAAAAAACUAGAAAGCUUGAAAAUUCUUGAUUUCCCAACAUCCGAGCCUCGUCCCAAUUUGUUCCCUUCAACACUUGUCAAGAUCAGCUUCAUAAGGUCAUACUUCAAUUCGAUCCACAUCGGAAUUCUAGCCAAACUUCCAAACCUUCAAAUCCUAAAGUUGAAAGGUAGGUUUCCUUAUUACGGUAUACUUGGCCCUCUCAGGUGUGUUGCAGAUGACUUUCCCCAACUCCGAAUCUUACAAAUGAUCGAUCUCGAAAUUGAAAUAUGGAUACUGGAGAGUGGUGCAAUGAAAAAGCUUGAGCAUUUGGUCAUCUCUGAAUGCUAUCAUGUGAGAAAUGUGCCAGAAGAGCUUGCCAAGCUGUCUGCCUUGACACUUGUGGAAGUGUCCCAGAUGUCACGAAGUUUUAAGAAGAAGCUCAAGAAGCUGGAUUUCCUGGCUAAAUGGAUGGUUGUAGGGAUCAGACAUGAAUAG